AUGACUUCGCAUUGGUUGCUGGAUCAGCUUUGUACGGAGUACAGAGAACAGGUGGUCCAGCAAGACAAGGAAGCACAAGAACUUACUGAGAAUCGACGCCGUUAUCCACGGCAGGAUGCCACUGCUCAACUCUUGCUCAAGGUAGCCGACAAGCUGUUGCAGGAGAGAGCAGGAUUGGAAGAAGCCCGAUUCGAGGAACACACAGCCGAUCUGAUUGCGUUGUGUCGUCGAUUCGGUUUAACCCUCGAGAAGCCGAAGGUCAGUGAAAAGGCCCUAACAGGCUUCUUUAGCAGCAUGCGAAUAUUCCGGCAGCCUACAGGUGCGCAGAACUCCAGGAGGUCAUCGCUACGCCCCUUGUUCGGUUCAUGCAUGGCGGGCGGCGCAGGAUUUCCUGAGAACCGGACAUGGUGGCCCGAUGUUCGAUCUUUUUUCGAUCACAGCUUUGAGGUGCUUCGAAAUGGAGACUUUGUUCGCGCCAACGCUCCAGAAAUGGUUGUUGGCGACAUCGUGUAUUUGAAGAGUGGUGACUGUGCGCCUUGGGAUCUGCGAAUUUUAAAGACUCUGGAGGACACCCGGAUCGACACAUCAACAGGUGUUUGCUCAGAGGUCCGGGACUGUACCGAGUGCUGCACAUCAGCCGAUCCCUUGUCCUCUGAGAAUAUAGUUAUCAAGGGAAGCUGGAUCCUUCAAGGAUCGCUGCUGGCCGUGGUGAUUCGAACUUCGAUGGAUCCGCUUGCCCCUCAUCGUUGUGCCAACGACUCUGAUCAGGAUGUCGAGUUUGCCAUUGAUGUGACGAUACCGAGCGGACUAACCACGGCUUCUUGCCAAACGAUUUUCUCAAGUUUAUGGACGAAGGCCAACUGCAUUUGCCGUUCCUUCGAAAUCAUGGUCCAGCUUUCUGCUGUCGAUGCUGUUAUCAUAUUCUUGACAGAGGACCUUCGCAAAGAUGCAUCGGCCCUCCAGGAUACAGUCCGGGAUCUACACGGACUUGGCAAGGCAGUAUUCUUGCUCGUGAAAGACCAGGGGACCGCAUCCCGACUGGCAGAAGACUUGAAGUUGAAACAGAUCUCUUUUGAGAAAGGCAAGCAGACUCCUAGCACAUGUGUCUCCAGUAUCGGUUCUUCCCUCGACGUGAGCUUCGAUGGUGAUGUGACGGGCACCUGCUCCGGUACAACAACACCGAGGCAGGGACAGGAGGAGGAACGUAUUGAGGAUUUGAUGAACAGCUGCAAAGCUGCCGCUCCCGGCGCUGUUGUCCAUGGCAUGUCGGAGGCAGCACUGGUGCAGUUCUGCCUCGUGAUGCAGGAAGCUGGUUUAAGUCCGAUGUAUGUGGCCAGCCAAUUGCAAUCUCAGUUCCUGCGGGCCCUUUCUGAUCCUAGCUUUCGUUCGCAGGCGCCCUCGGUUUCUUCAGGAACACAGGUGCAGCACUUCCCCUCCAGAGCCAGCCAAGAAACCUCCGCCUCACCACGAAGAGCCAAGAGCGCCCAGAGCCAGGCGAUCGUCAAGACACGGACUGAAGCGGUCCAGCACGCGGAAGCCAAAGCCCACAACCUGACCGAUGUGAUCAAAAGCAUGGGCUUGGAACUAAACAAGGUUGGUGAGAAGGUCGCGCCGAAAAGAGCGUCUUCCCUCACGAUUGUGUCGCUGAACGCCACAGGCGUUCUGGCAGACCGCUGCAGCUGUUGUGGAGGCAAGGCUGCCGGUACGUAUCGUCUUCCCCUCACCUCCAGGGAGCUUCCGCCCAGAAUGAGGUAUCUGCAGAAAAAUGUUGCUCACGGGAAGGCUUGGCUUUCCAAGAUCUGGUCCUUUGCGGGUCAUGCCGUGGUCAUGUUAAACAUGUUAGAUGGCAUCCAUGGAUUUCAAGCAGGAUGCGGUAACAUGGGUGUAGACGAGUACACGCUGUUCCUGUUUGCAUCCUUCCCGUUAUGUCGUUCGCUGGCUGGGCCUCUGCGUGCGGGUGUCCCGCCCCCACCACCGCCCGCUGUGUACCCUUGGCCAGAGGACGGAACCGCGAAACCAGGUGAGCAAGUGUACGUUGGUGAGGACGAAGACUCAUGCACCAAGAAGUUCCGGAAGCGGCUGUCCAUUGCCGUGGACAAGGGCCGCACAGAGGAGGUGCAGGCUUUGAUCCUCGAUGCCCACAAAGUCGGCCUGCAGGGCCCGGAGGUGCGCUGGGCUCGCGACGUCCUGCUUGCUGCCGAGGCCGCCGAGUUCCGGAAGAGUGCGGUGAUGCUGGUGGAGGAUGCCGUGGAGUCCGGCGACUACUGGAAGCUGCAGGCGGCAAUGCAAGCUGCAGUUGGCUGUGGUUUGGGCGCAGAGCAGGCACCCCGACUAAAGCAAGCGAUGCGUACUCACAAAGCUCGUUCCGAGGCAUCCAGAGAGCUGCGGAAAGCAGCUCAGGUUCGGGAUGUCCCACGACUGCGGACUGCCAUCGAGGGGGCUCUGAAGGUCCACUUGGAAGAGGAUGUUGUAAAGCGAGCCCGCGCAACUCUUCGAGCUCUGCAGGCCAGGGAAUCUGCCCGAAAAGAGCUCCGGCGAGCUGCCGAAGCCAAGGAUAUGACCCGACUGAAAGCUGCCAUCAUCGCUGCCGAAAAAAGCUUCCAGGAGAAGGUUCCCGACAUGUGCGGGGAUGAUCCGAAGGAGAAGCAAGAGUUGGAUGCAGCACGAGCAGCUCUGCGUACACAUGCCACGAGCAGGCUGUCAAGACUGGCAGAUGCAGAAGACAUCGAAAGCCUCGGAAAAGGUCUUCAGGAACUUUCUGGCCAUGGAGUUCCUGCAGAAGAGUGGCAGCAGUUCGAACAGAGGCACUCUCAGCUGAAGACGCGCCAGCGGUGCCAAGAUAAAUUGGCACAAGCGACGAAGGCCAGAGACAAGGAUGCAAUCCUGGCUGCUAUGGAGGAUGCCAAGGUCGUGUUGGAGCAGAACUCAGAAGUCAUCGAGAUUGCCCAGAAGACGGUGUCCAUGCUCGAGGCGGAGGAGACCAUGGCCAAGACGCGUGCCGAGGUGGCAGAGGAGUUGACUCGCUCUGUGCACGGGGAGGAUCAGCGGCGGUUGAUUGCGGCUCUUACAGCCGCCGAUGCAGCAGGUUUCACCUCUUCGGAGGUUGCAUUUGCACGGGAGCGCUUGCGACGACUACGAGCUCGAGUUGGCGCGGCGCAAGAGCUGCGGGAAGCGGCACAUUCAGCAGACAUGUACAGGCUGCGUGCGGCAAUCACCGCUGCCAAACGAGCAGAAGUGUCGGAAUCAGAACUUGCAGGUGCCAGAGAGGCCCUGCGGUGUUUGGAGCUGCAGGCUGACGUCAGGCGAAGCAUCGAGGCAGCUGUGACUGCAAAAGACGUGGAGCUUCUGAGGAGAUGCAUCGAGGAUGGGAAGCAAGCCGGUCUGAACCGGCAGGAGGUGGCCCGGGCACAAAAGCAUCUCCAGAAGCUUGGACAGUCAAGCGUUGGUCGCGAACUUGCCGAGGCGCUGCAGACAGGUGACGCUGUGCGCUUGCGGGCAGCCGCCCGGGCGGCAACAGAUGCAGGCAUGACUGGCGCGGAGGUGGAGUCCGCAUGGCAUCGGCUUCGAGAGUUGGAGUCUCACAGCUGGCUGAGGCAGCAGCUUGAUGGUGCUCUCGCCAGCAACGACGCCGUCCGGUUACAGGCGGCCAUCAAGCAAGCAGAACUCGGAGGUCUUGGCCCACCAGAGCUUUCCGCGGCCAAGCGGCAUUUGGACGCUCUGAACGCUCGUCUUCACGCGCGCCAGGAGUUGCAUCUGGCUCGGACCAGCGGGAAUCCGUACGCUCUUCUCGCUGCAGUACGUCAGGGCCAGGAGGCUGGUCUCCCCCAGCACGAGCUUGAAGUCGCAAGGCGAUCUGCCGAAGCCUUUUCGGGUUUCGACACCGGGCCAGAGACCGUGCCGCAGCUGUCAGUCGGCGCUUGGCGCUCGGUCGUUUCAUCAGUGGCGGGCUUUGAAAGGUCUCUCCCUGAGCUAGGCUGGUCUGUGGAACGCGACUUCAUGGCCAUUCCGAUGCAGCCGGCUAAGCAGCGGAGUGAAGACUGGUACGUUCAUGUACGCAGGCCGCCAGCGGAUGUGGGCACUUUGCAAGUUCAGGUUUUGGAAGCGCGAGAUAAUCUUGCCAGUGCCUUCUUUGCAACCAUGGGGGGAUGUUGUUGCAAGGGUUUCUCCAGAUCUACGGCCCUGCAACCCGAGCAACCCUUCGACCACAAGGUGUAUUAUGAGAGCUUCACACGACAGGACAGGUCCAAGGUCUGGGAAUCAGUUUUAAAGGAAGGAGGGCAAGAGAUCAUGCGCUUCAACGAGGUUGAGGACGUCCGGGUGUAUAACACUGGGUCGGCUGACUACACCAGAGUUGGCGUGUUGGUUCUUACGGAGCUGUAUAUGUGGUGGCAUGCUCCGCCUACCUUCCCAAGCCCCGCAGCAGGGCAGCCAAAGACCUCCAAACGUGCAAGGCGGCUGGCUGGGAGUGCCAUCGUAAUUGGCUAUGGCAUGAUAGAGGAGGUGGGCAUCGUCUGUUUUGAUGCUGGUGGAUGUGCCGUCCGCAUCGUGGCCAGAGAGGCUUACGGCGAUCAGUUCGAGAUGAUUCUCCAGGUCCUGCAGCCAGCGGAGACGGUUCCGGCGUUCACCACGGCGAUUCCGGAGGAAUCGGGCCCGGAGGGAAGCGAAGCAUGGCAUCAGACGCUGGCGAGUUUCCUGGACAAAGCGUUGAAGGCCUACAACUGGGCACAUUACUUUCUGCAUUGCGCCCUCCGCCAGCGAGACUUGUUCGCCCACAAGGGAGUGAGUCAGCCCGAGCUGAAUCUCCUCCCAAACGAAGAGGUUGCAGAGACCUACCACGGCAUCUUGAACUUCGGGGCGUCCCAAGAGGACCUUGUUGGUCACUUGAUCGUCACCAACAUUCGAGUGAUCUGGGCCCUUGAUCGAGACCGAAUGACGUACAACGUCAGCGUGCCGCACAGGGCACACGUCCCUUCAUUGACGGACACGCAGACGUUCGGGCUUUGCUUGGUGCUUCACAUCACUCAGCCCUUCCUGAACAAUCCCGACCACUUCGGCGGGAUGCGCCUGGGCUUCGGAGCCGCUGAGAUGAAGGGCGAGGAGCGCCGAAGGCGACUGGAGAAGAUCCUGGCCCACAUCGUAGAGAUGCAAGGUAAGUACAUGCCGGAUCCGCGGUAUGGUGUUGCCGACUACAUGCGAAAUCGUCGCCAGUACCAGGUGGAGUCCAAUGUGCGAUUGCUUCAUGCAUUGAGCCAUCUCGAUACGCUCAGUGAGAACACCAGGCCGGACAGCAUUGAGGCGAGCCUGCAAGGCGAAGUCAGUGAGUGUGUCAUCUGCCUGGAGCAGGUUUGCAGUGGGUCCCGCCUUGCUUACCUGCUUGCAGCCGGCAAGCUGGGCUGGGCGUGCCGACACAUCUUCCACCUAGAGUGUGCGCAACAGUUGGCGUCGCGCAAGUGUCCAGUCUGCCGGGCAUGCUUUAGUGAGGUGCGGGAGAUGCCCGACAUACGUCACAAUCCUGGUGCCUGGUUUGAUGCUAUGGAUAUUGACCGCACUGGAGACCUGGACCUCGAAGAGGUGCUCGGGGCACUGUCCGUCGUGCUUCCCAUCGAUCGCGAAAAGCUGGAGACUCUUCUCAAACCGGACGACAACCACUUGCCGCAGGAUGAAGCAUCAAAGUGCAAGGGAGUGAACGAUGCAGUCGCGCAAGAAAGUGACAACAGUCAAAUCACUGCCUUGGAUGAGGAGAUGAUUCAGAUCAGUGAUUCUCCCCUGCCAGCUGCCCAGCUGCAGUCCUCCGAGCUCUGGCGCCAGUGGGACAAAGAAGGUACUGGCCGAAUCACCCGAAAGGCUUUCGAGGAUCCAGACGGUGGACUCUUGGUCUGGAUCCUCGCUCGUUUGAAGCUCGUCCACCGUGGUCAAAGACCUCAGCCUUGCCUGGCAGCGGCCGCCGGCUCUGAGGCGCUUGGCCGGUGGUUCGACUUCUGGGACUGGAGUCAGGUGGGCUUUCUGACCCGCGGGCAGAUCACGCGCGCGGUAGCAAAAGAGUUUGAAGGCCGUCUGGCCGACAUGAGAUGUCUCGACUUGGUGCAAGAGGUGUGGAAGUCAAUUACCGAGGAGGCGAUGUCAAAGCCGGUGACUCCUCGCUCGACAGUUCCGACACCGUCUCAUGUUCCAGACGAAGAACCUGGUAGUCCUACUUCAGGACACAAAAGCCAGGAUCAUCUUGUUCUGGCCUACCCCGAUCCCUGGAAUUUGCGAGAAGGCAGAUCUGUGUCGACAGGACAUCACACGCCUGCUGUGAGUGAGACUUGCCAUGCAAGAUAA